GGUGCCAAACGAGAUUUUCAGCGUCCAGACAAAGUCAAGACACUGUUUUUAACGCUAAAUUGGAUUAUUUUCAAAUCACGUAUUGUUGUGUUUAAUUGCCACACGUCAUGCAUAUACGGGUGUUGAAUUUCGACAUUUCGACAAACACAUUCAUAUUUCACACUUGAUUUUAGAUUACCGUUGAAGCUGGUCAAUCUUUCAGGGAUUUUAAAGGCAACGUCAUUGAGGAUAAUUGAACGAUUAGAUUGGUGAAAAGGUCGAACAAAUAUUUCGUGAUAUGUAAAUGUAUAAAGUUGAUGUAAAUAAUUAAGUCACAAAGAAACAGUUAAGCAAUCAUGCGGCGGCCAAAACCAAGGUAUAAUUUGAUAUAGUAACCUCUGAUGCAAAAGCAAAUGUAUCGUAUUUUUAAUGAAUAGACGCUACGAAAUAAAGAACAUUCGUUCAAAUGUCUAAAUUACGAAUCCUUUUACUCAUCAUCGUUUUCCUGUUGCUGUUUUGCAUAUUUCUGCUCCGACAGUUCUCGUCUGAGCAUCAGAUGGCUGAAAGACAUGUUUCAUCUACCGAAUCGCAAUUUAAAGAAAGUGCAAUAGAAAUGAGAAAAAUGGGCAACAGAAUCGACGUGGUAAGAGAUCUUAUUUUAGACUUGAUGAGACAAAAAUUGGAAGUACCACCGAAAUGGAUCGAACGAUAUUCAACGCCACUAUGGUCUGAAUUCAAACCUUGGCGAGGAGUCUUUGUCUUCUUCGUGUCGUACCGUACGCAGUAUCUUCGAAAGUGCCUCGCAUCCAUUGCAGUAGCUUCUAAAGACAUCGAUAAAUCUUCAGUCUGUGUUUUUGCCUUAGACCGUACCCCGAAGACGACAGAGCAAGAUGUAAAGGAAACAUUGGAAGCCAUAGACGACGUCUCUGUAUGUCAAACUUACGUAUGGGUAGUUAAGAAAAAGGCGCAAAAAGGCAAACUAAAUGAAAAUUAUGUUUUAAGAUUAAAAUUACACUGGUGGUUCGUACUAGAGACGGUCUACAAUGCGACUUACGAUGAGACAAUCUUCAAUGGCCUGUUGCAUGGUUACGAACGUGAUAUUUUGUUCCUCGAGGAAGAUGCAGUCCUAUCACCGGACUUCGUCAAGGUCAUGUGGUACUCGAGCGAGAUAAAACGUCGUAACAAAGGUAUCUUACAGUUUGCACUCGGAGGUUGGGCUGGAGAGAACAUGAUCAACGCGCAUCCGGACACGUUUGUUGUGCGAACAUCGCGAGCUUUGCGCGGGAUCGCGUAUGGCUUGAACCAGUCUACGUGGUUAUAUUUCAAAUCCCUAGAAAUGGAUUUUUUUGCCGACAAACAAGAUGAUUGGUGUGAGUCUAUGGGACUGGUACUAGGGAAACAUAACGACAACACUGGCUUCAGGAUCGUCGUGCCGACUUUAAGUCGCCUGUGGCAUGUAGGCAAAAGUGGGCUGGGACCCAGUGGAGAUUUCCUCAAGAACCGAGGCGUGACACCACAACCAAAUUGGGAGCUUGCCAGUCGGUUGAUCAACUUACAAAAUGCUAAAGUGAAUUUAGGUUUGAGAGACCUUUUGGGUUUUCUCUGCAAGAAAAGAAUCGAAUUUGGGAUUCUCAAAGAUACGAUAUGUCCGAACAGUAUGGCACGUUGGAAAGGAGAAGAUCGGACUAAAAUAAUGUGUUUCAAACAUCCUUAUGUACAAGACCCUUGUGACGCAAUCUUGUCGUGACGAAUAAGAAUGUUUGUUUCGUAAAUGAAGAUAAACAAACGAAUAUUUUUCCUUUACUCUCAUGAGCAUAUUUCAUAUCGACAUGCAUAGGAAAACUUACCUAACAACUGUGUUGACGGUGAAGUGGGCCAGUCUUCAUAGAUAGCUCAAAAUAGCUGUAAAAAUCGUUUUUUAAAAAGGCUUGAGAGAGAUGGAAAUUCCUAAUGGGGUUGGGGAAAGGUUAAAUCUCCUAAGAAUUUGUCUCUUGCAUGGGAGGGACUUUCUGGGACAUCAGUUGACGUUCGCAUUUGUUAUUUAUAUAAACCUCAUUUGUCAUAUAUGAUUUAUUACUGACAGAUAAAGACUUUGAAUUCUUUGAUGUAUCCAACAAAGGCAUGGACACAACACGAUAACAUUUUGUUCGUCGCACCUUAAAGAAAAGCAAACGGGUAAAUUUGGGAGGAAAGGGCUCAGACACGCAAUUUUAGAUACACAGACAUGCAAUCAAACAGAAAAGAACUGCUCGCCGCCCAUCAGCAUGAGAAUAGUUUAAUAGGGAAGGGUUGGUUUGAAAUGCCAAAACAUUACAAAAAGUUGAACUCCAAAAAUAUGAAAGUUGAACAAUUAGAUUGUUUUAGAAGAAUCAUACAUACUAGUAUUUAUAAAAAAGAGGGCUUUAAUAAUAAGUUUUCUUUAAUUUGUUGUUUUAUACAUUGUUGUGGUUGACAUUGAUUGUGAUAAAAGUGAGCAACUCUUGCUCAAUGCAUGUUUCGUUAUUUUAAAUGAAUUUUUGUUGAUUUUACCUUUCAA